AUGGCACGUCUGCUGCGAGAGGAGGCCACACAAAACUGGUUGCGCCUCUUCCGGCUUCUUGAUAUUAGCUGCUGCGGGGCGCUGCAAGCAGACGACCUACAGCAGCAGCUAACGGCCGCACUGGAGCAGCACAUGCAGCAGCAGCAGCAGCAGCAGCAGCGGGACCACGAUCAGCAGCAGCAGCAACGGCUCCAGCUGGAAGCGCUCAUCCGUUCCGUGUUACAGGCAGCUGCUGAUGCAGCAGCUGCUGCCGCUGCAAGUGCAACACCUGCUGACGGGGGGGGCAGCACCAGCAGAUGCCUGGAUGUGGACGACUUGCUUUCGCUGCUAGCUGCUGAUGCGGGCUGUGCUGGAUCUCCCAACACGCCUCAGCAGCAGCCGCCUACCCGGGAAAUGGCUGAGUACAUGAUAGAACACGUACGCUCCGCAUGCAGCCCUAGUCCCGUGAAGCGUCAGCGAACGGAGCAGCAGCUCAUGCAGCGGCUCCAACAGGGGCAAGCGCAGCCAGAGAGCGUGUCUGCAGCGGCCGUACAACUGCAACAGCAAAUCGGCGGCUUUGCCGCAGCUGCAGCAGCAGGUUCCACCAAGGCCUAUCUGGGAACGCCCCUUCGUAGCAAAGCGUACAGGCGCGAGUUACUUCCUCAGACGGAGGCAUCAGCAACGUCGGCACAGCAGGAGGCAGCGAAAGGUGAAACACCUGUAGACAAGGAGACAGCAGAAGGCGCAUCUUCCCGACUAACUUUGCCCGAGUUCAGAGCCAUGAUGGAAUUUCCUUUCAUAGAGGACGCAAAGGCCUUGGCGCAGUCGCAGCUGGCGCUUGUCGCUGCUACUGAACACAGUAGCAAUUGUAGCAGUAGAAGCAGCCCUACCAGGUGUCGGAACGGUGAGGGAGGCGAUUGUUGCACUCCCGGUCGAACGCCUGUCCAGCAACAGCAGCAUAAACGACAGGCGUCUUCCGGAAGUUUGCGCUGCAGCAGUGGAAGAUGCAGCAAUAGCCCCAGCCUGUACCACUGUCAAUGUGGAGAACAGCAGCAGCAAGGAGCUGCAAUGCCUCUUCCCCUGCGGGAGGUCUUACCUCUACUGGCCCCCUCACCUCAACACUCCUGCUGUCUCGCACAGAGAACAGCAACAUCCGCUGUUACCGAAUCAGAUUCACAAAGGGAAGGUUCUGAGGGUCUUCCAAUGCCUCUGUGUUCAAAUAGACGCAGAACUCCUUUAGAAGGCCCCUCAGAUUCUCUUAGGCGCCUGGUUGACGAAGCCGUUGGGGGUACCAGUGAUAGCAGCCUGCCACCUCUGCUCCCGGAGGCAGCAGCCACAGUAUCUGCCGCCACUCCUCAGGGGCAACUUCCGCUGCAGCAGCGCAAAGCGGGGUCAUCACGGCUUGCUGCUACUGCUACACCAACCAGUAUCAAUGGCGCGCUCUUGCAGCGAGCCAGCCCUACAAUCUGCACCCGCAACUUCACGAGCGCAAAACCUAUUGCCUCAGCAGCAGCAUCCCCAAGACCACCCGCUCCUGCUGGGCUAGAUCCAAUGGCACUGACUCCUCUAUUGCAUCACCAGAGGCAGUGGCGCUGCGGAGCUUCUAUUGCCGCCGUAAAGGCCCACAGCACUCCAAAGUCUCUGGCCAGCCGCAGCUUAGCUUCAAACGCAACUCAAGCGACAGCGGCGGCAGCAACAGCAGACGCUGUUCCUGUACCAGCUGCCACAUCCGCAGCAUCCAGGCCCCAGCACCAGACGCGAGCCACUACGCGAGUCAUCGUCCGCAAGAACGCUUCCCUUGCAAGCCAACAAUCAAAGUCUGCGGAUACUGCUGCUACUGCUACCCGCACACAAGAAGCUAUUCCAGCCACAGGAGCUCGGAGUAGGGCUGCUUCCUUAUCUCCUUUGUCGGCUGCCUCCAGACGGAUGAGUGCGGCUGCAGCUUCUCUUUCUUCUGCCAGUUCAGUGAAGAAAGUAUCAGCAGCUGCACGCGCCACACCUCCAAGGGCAUUAACCUCUACUACAGGAAAACAUUUGCCUGCAGGUCUUACUGCUACCGGUGCUUCUGCUAGUUGUACGUCGAAAACACCCGGACUGCCUUCCCUGCAGCAGCAACCCCUACAGCAGGCCAAGCAACGCGUUACGGCUCUCCGUAGUCGUAGUGCAACAACGCCAAAGGGAAGUGGACGGGUGCCGAACGCGGCAGCUGCUGCUGCUGCUGCAACUGCUGCUGCUGAACUGCCGGGAAUAUACACUGGGGAAUGUGUGCUGGUCACUCCUAGUACAGCGCUGGACCAACUGCCUCUCUCCUGUCCCUGGUUACUUGAGGGUCCCCUCGUUGCGAAGCCAGACGUGCUGCUAAAGAGGCGGGGUAAGCUGGGGCUGGUUUUGGUCGGUGCCAGCUGGGAGAAGGUGAAGGCUCAUUUGGAGGAAUACCUGAACACUAGUUUUACAUGUGGGGAGGUCAAGGGUCGUCUGUCUCAUUUCAUAGUGGAGCCCUGCUUUUCUCAUGAGCAACAAAAUGAGUUUUACGUGGCCAUUAGGACAAAGGCUGACGGAGAUGAAAUCCUUUUCAGCAGCAGAGGGGGUAUCGAGGUAGGAGAUGUGGAGGAGACAGCAGAGCGACUCUUGGUGCCGGUUGGGCAGAAGGAGGAUGAGAUAGAAGAGCACGUUUUGCAGACCCUCGUAUCCGGGGUCGCCGACACUAAGGCGAAAACGCUGUUACCUUUGUUCCUGAGAUGCUUGUACACCAGGUUCUGCGCAUUGCAUCUAGCCUUUCUGGAGAUAAAUCCCUUCUCUUUUGAUUCGGAGAAGGACAAGUUCAGGCUACUAGAUGCAGCAGCAAAAAUAGACAGGACCGCAGACUUUCUGUGCCAGGAAGCCUGGAAGGGUCUCGACCUUCCCAACCCUUUUGGAAGAGAGCUGACACCGGAAGAGCUGUAUAUUAGGGAGCUUGACCAGAAAACCGGGGCUUCUCUGAAGCUCACGGUGUUGAAUCCAAAGGGCCGCAUUUGGACGAUGAUUGCGGGGGGAGGUGCCUCUGUGGUGUAUGCGGACACCAUAUGUGACCUAGGCUUUGCUCACGAGCUCUGCAACUACGGAGAGUAUUCAGGAGCCCCUAGCGAGGUGACCACGUAUGAGUAUGCUCGCACCAUCCUCUCCUUAGUCACAGCUCCAGGUACUUACAGAGAAGAGGGCAAGGUGCUGCUUAUUGGGGGAGGUAUAGCAAACUUUACAUCGGUUGCCGACACCUUCAAGGGUAUCAUUAGGGCCCUUAAGAUGUAUGCUUCAAAGCUGCUAGCAUUCAAUGUUUCCAUCUACGUGAGGAGAGGCGGUCCUAACUAUCAAGACGGCUUGAAGCUAAUGAGGGAAGUAGGCGUCGAGCUGGGCCUGAAGAUGAAAGUUUUUGGACCCGAAACAUACAUCACGGCUAUCAUACCCUUCGCUUUGAGGGGGGGACAUGAGCAGGCAAAGACGGAGGAGAUAUCUAAACAGUGCGGGUGGGAUCAUGGAGAUGCCGGGAUGCCUGCGGAGGAAUGCAGUCAAAACGGCUCCAUGGCGAACGGCCACGGAACGCUGCAAAGGGUAAAAACGUGGAAAGAAGUGUCAAUGGCAGAGGUCGAUUCAAAUCCUGUCUUCGAUAAGUGUGUAGAGCGCCUGAACCUUCUUCGCUCUGAGCAUCACGCGGAAGAUUCUGCGAUCAGCAGCAAAACGGCUCUGUUUUCUGGGUCCACCCACUGUAUCGUCUGGGGAUUGCAGACCCGCGCUGUGCAAGAAAUGUUGGAUUUCGAUCAUGUGUGCGGCCGGACAACGCCUUCUGUCUCGGCGAUUGUUUAUGAAUUCUCCGUUUCCCACAUGCGACCCUUCUACUUUGGAACCGAAGAAAUUUUCAUUCCCGUAUGCCAGACGUUGGCGGAGGCCGUGAGCAAGUCGCCCCAGGUGUCAGUGCUCAUCAACUUUGCCUCUAUGCGAUCCGCGGCUUCCGUAUGCCGGCAGGCGCUGCAGCAUUCGUGCUUCAAGACCAUAGCAGUAAUUGCUGAGGGUGUGCCAGAGAGAGUGGCCAGGGAGCUUGGGAAAGAGGCCAGAGUUAAGGGGGUUUGUCUUAUUGGCCCUGCUACUGUGGGCGGCAUGAAGCCUGGGGCCUUUCGCAUUGGAAAUACCGGAGGGUCCCUCGAAAACAUCAUGAACGCCAAGCUGUACCGGCCAGGCUCUGUUGGGUUUGUGACAAAGUCCGGAGGUAUGUUGAACGAGCUCAACAAUAUCUUGUCGGUCGUAACGAAUGGGGCAUGCGAGGCUAUUGCAAUUGGUGGGGACCGCUUUCCGGGGACCUCGAUGUUGCAGCAUUUGCUGCGGUUUGAGCAAGAUCCCGAAGUUAAGAUGUUGAUGAUGCUGGGUGAGGUGGGUGGGUCGGUAGAGUACGAGGUGGCCGCUGCCCUCAAAGACAGGAGGAUCAGGAAGCCUCUUGUUGCUUGGUGCGUCGGUACGUGCGCCCCCAUGCUCAGCACGGAGGUUGCCUUUGGUCACGCGGGGGCGUGGGCAGGGAGCUGCAGCGAGCAUGCAGCAGCAAAGAACGAAGCCCUUAGAGCAGCAGGUGCGUUUGUGCCGACGUCCUUUCAAACAUUCGGGCUGACUGUAAAGAGCGUCUACACCCGAUUGGUGGAACAGGGGAUGAUUACUCCUCAGAAAGAAGCGCCUGUUCCCCGGGUUCCACUGGAUUAUGCGUGGGCGAAAAAGCUUGGCCUGGUCAGGAAGCCUAAGGGCUUUGUCUCAACAAUUUCAGAUGACAGAGGGGAGGAGCUGCUCUACGCUGGCUGGCCAAUAAGCAAGGUGAUGCAAGAGGACAUGGGCGUUGGUGGUGUGCUGUCUCUGCUGUGGUUCAAACGCCCCCUUGCCCCCUACUGUUACCGAUAUUUAGAGACAGUACUGAUGCUGACGGCCGACCACGGUCCAGCUGUCUGCGGAGCCCACAACGUGAUUGUCACUGCCAGAGCUGGCAAAGACCUUAUAAGUUCUCUCAUAUCAGGUUUGUGCACCAUUGGAGACAGAUUCGGAGGGGCGUGUGACAAGGCGGCCCAGCAAUUCCUCUCCGCAUACACGCGGGGUCAGACCCCGGAGGAGUUUGUAAGGGACACAAAAGCGCAGAACAAGUUGAUCAUGGGCAUCGGCCACAGAGUGAAGUCCGUGCACAAUCCAGACAAGAGGGUGGAAUUGCUGAAAGCAUUUUGCCUGAAGCACUUCAGGGAAACCCCGCUGAUUAAUUACGCACUGCAGGUUGAAAAGGUGACAACGAAGAAAAAGGAUACACUGAUCCUGAAUGUGGAUGGGCUGAUUGGGGUAUCUAUGUGCGACCUGCUGCUACACUGCGGCUUCUUUAGCGAGGGAGAGGCCAAGGACUACAUAGAUAAUGGGUGCAUAAACGGACUUUUUGUGCUUGGAAGAAGUAUUGGUUUCAUCGGCCAUUUCCUGGACCAAAAGAGGCUUAAACAAGGACUGUACAGGCAUGACGUGGACGAUAUCGCUUAUGUGCUCCCUGGAUAUGGGGGCCAACAUUGA